AUGAGCAUCCCCCCUAUCCACGUCGCGGACCGUUCGCUGUUUCGCUACGACGAGCGCGCGACCGAGAAACGUGUUGGGCUAAUCGUGCUCGCGACGGACCAUUCGGUCGAACCAGACUUUGCGCGCCUCGUCUCCUCAGAGCGCGUGGGGAUCUUCUCGACACGCGUCCAGUAUGCAAAUCCAACGACGCCAGACAACCUGCGGAAGAUGGCGCCGCGGCUGACUGAGGCGGCCGCUCUGAUCCUGCCCGACGAGGAGCUGGACGUCGUCUGCUUCAUGUGCACCUCGGCCUCGGUGGUGAUUGGCAACGAUGCCAUCAGAGUCGCGAUCCAGCAGGCGAAGCCCGGUGUGCCGGUGGUGACGCCUACCAUGGCCGCGGUCGCCGGUCUGCGGAAGCUCGGCGCCCGGCGUAUCAGCGUUCUUACGCCCUACACCCUUGAGACAAGCGAGCCGAUGGCGGCCUAUUUCGCGGCGCAGGGCUUCUCCAUCGAAAGCUUCACCUGCCUGGGCCUGGAGGACGAUCGCCGCAUGGCCGAGCUCUCCCGCGACACGCUGAUCGAGGAGGCCGUCGCAGCGACGAGCCCCGACGCAGAUGCGCUCUUCAUCUCCUGCACCGCCCUCCGUUCGGCGAGCGUCGUUGCCAAGAUCGAAGCUCGCAUCAACCGACCUGUAGUCUCCUCGAAUCAAGCCUCUGCUUGGGCCUGCCUUACCCAGUGUGGCCUACCUGGCCCCUCGAGCGCCGUUGCUGGGAGUCUCUUUGCGUGA